ACGCACGGAAACGGAAGGCUGUUGAAACACAAGCUGGUCAUUAUUUUGAUUACAAACUCUCAGUAUAGACCUGGCACUAACAAACGAAGGAGAGUCUUAUUCAUCGUGGUGGUUUGUAAUGUAUGGAUGGAUAGUUGACGGAUUAUCGUCGCUCUUCGUGCCCUUUUCUGGUGGGAAAUCCGCAGCCUGGCCUAGUGAGCGCGGUAACGGUGAAGCACGAGCCGCGGGCACAGACACGGAGCGGCAGGACAACAGCAGGCCCGCCAAACGCAACUAUCAAAGUGUGUAUUCCACUGAUGGUGCAACGGAAUAUCCAGAGACCAAGAGAGCAAGACAUGAUGUGAUCGUCAGAGUUGUCAAGAAAACUUUUGCAGGGAUUGCUGGGCUAUUCCGUUUGAGACGCCACAGAAAUGCUGAACAUGAAAAGCAGAAAGCCUAUACACCGGUUGGCAGGGUUGCCUUUAUGGGUAUUGAUGACAUACACAGCAACAGCCUGAAUACAUGGCUUGAGAGCAGCAGAAUGGAUAAACAGAUAGAAAUUGGUGUUAAGAGUAAAGAGAGAACAGCACCCAAUGUCCACCACAACCCCCAUGCUUUGAGGAAACCUGAUGGAGUAAUGAUGUACAAGGGAAGCCAGGAUAGAGCCAAAGAUCCGCCCCAGCGCAGAUCCCUAAUGUUGGUACCAUCUUGCACUGCCCAAGGGCUGAGAGCAAGGCCGGCUGAGAUGGAAACCCCGAGCAGUACACACAAACCUUGCCUGACUGUGGAGGAGGCACUGCGAGAGAGUGAUCGUGAGCACUACAGGAAGCUGGUAAAGAUGGCAUCAGAGAAAUACUCCAAGAGUAAACCGCUGCCAUUUGGACGGACGAAGCCUCUGAUCACUACUUUCCCCCUCGAUGGACACAAGGCCACCUCCCUUAGUCGCACUACUGAAAUGGGCAGACCUGCUUCAGUGAGAGCCAUCUCCAGCAUGUCUUUGUGGAGGGAUCCAAUAUCACUGAUGCAGACUAAAGAGAGAAUGAUGGAUGUUAACAGGAGCACACCAGGAAGUGAUGUAAAGGAAAAAGGACUGGAUGGUCAAACGGCAAGACAAAUCCCUGUAGAUGUGGAUCUGUCGGCGGAGGUUGAGGCCAGGUUGAAUCUUAGGGAGAAAGACACAGCAGCCGGGCAUCAGCCCUUGUUACCGUCCAGACCUGAACUGAUUACAGACACAGUGAGGCGCAGUGAGGAGUUUCCCAGACUGACCAAGGAGAUGCAGCAGGAAGUGAGUGCUGCUCUUGCCCAGAGUGAUCCAAACCUGGUUCUGUGCAGUGCUUUCAAACUGCGCAUCACACAGAGGGAUCUGGCAACCCUGCAAGAAGGCAGCUGGCUCAAUGAUGAGGUGAUCAACUUCUACAUGAAUCUUGUGAUGUCACGCAGUGAGCAGGAAGUAGGGGGCAGGAAGGUCUACUCUUUCAGCACCUUCCUCUUUCCCAAGCUGCAUAGUGGUGGACAUACUGCAGUACGGCGAUGGACUAAGGCUGUAGACCUCUUCCAGUAUGACAUCAUCCUGGUUCCCCUUCACCUGGGUGUUCACUGGUCCCUUGCUGUUGUUGACUUUAAAUCAAAGUCUGUACGGUCAUAUGAUUCCAUGGGCCAAAGGCAUGAUGACAUCUGCAACAUGAUUCUGCUUUAUCUGAAAGAGGAGUUCAAGGUGAAGAAGGGCAAAGAUUUGGACAUCUUGAAGUGGACAGUGAGCAGUCUACGGCCUACCGAGAUCCCUCAGCAGAAGAACGGAAGUGACUGUGGUGUGUUCGUAUGCAAAUAUGCUGAUUAUAUCACCCGAGGAUGCAACCUUACAUUCAGACAGAAUCAUAUGCCGUUUUUCAGGAAAGCUAUGAUCUGGGAAAUUCUCAAUCAAAAGCUGCUGCAAUAGCAAUGUUGGGAAUGACUUACUGACUGAAUCCGAUUGACCAAAGCACAGGACCACCUACAUGACAUGCGUGUACCUCCUGUUCUUUUUGUAGAGGCGUUUUGCCUUAGUUUAGCCUCUGGCAAAAUUCCAUCCAAUUGUUUUCACAGGACAGUGGAUUGCUGGUUCCAGGGAAGGUUUGUGUGCACAAAAACUGGCCCCUCUGCUGUACAAAUCCAAACACUAAUAGCGCAAAUAUGGAGCAAGAAGCAGAACACCGGACUGGGGUGUGAAUGGAUGUCAGCAGGUGGGAGCCUCAUUAGCAGUUUACGUGAGGCUGGCACUGUUGUCAUUCCAAGAAUGUAGUCAAAUCACCCCCUACUUAGUUAUACUUUAAACAGGUCCCAGUUCACAGAAGUUGCAAUAUAAAAUUGCAAGAUAGAAUUUGUUUUCAGUAUACAUUGCUGUCAGUGAUUCUUAAUGUGGGGAGAUCUUUAGCAUUAACCAGUCUAUUUUUACAUCAUAUUUGAAUCAGCAAGGAAUAAGUUUGUGUUCUAAGAAAUAUAAUGGUGUCAGCUUAAAGGGACAGUUCACCCCAAAAUGAAAAUUUAUUUAUUUAUUGAUUUACCUCACACCCGAGAUGUUUGACUUUCUUCUGCAGAACACAAAGAUUCCGCUCUGUUGGUCCAUUCAAUGCAAGUGAAUGGUGGCCAGAAUUUUGAAGCUCCAAAAAGCACAUCAGUCAGCAUUAAAGUAAUCUAUAUGACUUCAGUGGUUAAAUCCUUAUCUUCAGAAGCAGUAUGAUAGGUGUGGGUGAGGUCCUUUUUUAUUAUCAAUCUGCAAUUUCAUAUUAUUCUUUUGUGUUUGGCAAUUCACUUUCUUUGUGCAUAUAGCCACCUAAUGUGCAGAGGAGAAUUUAUAGUAAAAAAAUGACUUAAAUAUUGAUCUGUUUCUCACCCACACCUAUCAUAUUGCUUCAGAAGACAUGGAUUAAACCACUUGUGUCCUGUGGAUUACUUUUACGCUGCCUUUAUGUCCUUUUUUGAGCUUCAAAGUUCUGGCUACCAUUCAUUUGCAUUGAAUAGACCAACAGAGCUGAACUAUUCUUCUAAAAAUGUUUAGAAGUGAGGUCAGACGGGUACAUCAUAAAUACAGCAGGUUAUAGGAAACAUAUAGAUGAUAGGUGUCAUUCUUUCUGUAUUCCACUCUGGAUGUCAGGGGUGUCCUCUUAUCAGCUCCUUAACUAUGAAGACAAGUCUGAUGUUGCCCUAAAUGGGCGUUUGUGUUCAGCAGAAGAAAGAAAGUGAUACACAUCUUGGAUGGCAAGAGGGUGAGUAAAAGAUGAGAAUUUUCAUUUUUGGGUGAACUAUCCCUUUAAGACUAGGAUGUUUUAAAACCAAUGUUACCCAUUAGUCUCUCAGAUCCAUCUUAAAUGAUGGCAAGGUUUAUUGUGAGUGGUGCUGAUGUACUUGCACUGAAAACAGCAGUAUUCAGUUAAUUGUUUUGUUUUUUUUUGUCGAAAUACAACUGGCCUCAAGUGCCUUGGUCAAAGCAAAUGUUGUAUUUUAAAGCUGUAAAAGAACAAUUGUCAUGAAAUAAUAUUAUGACUUAAAACCUUAUUACUGAGGCAACUAACAUGCUUGUAUUAUAGUUGUCUGUGUAGGGAAUCAACAGGACUUACGGCAAGUAAAAUCACAGUUGGAUGACAGGGAUGGAAAUGCUUUUGUUUCUUAUAGGUACUAAAUACUAUAAUCCCAUAGGGCUGUAUUAGACAUUCUUUUGAUUGAACUGGAAACGGGGAACAGUAUUGUGCCAAAAGGACUAUUUUAGUGGUUAAUUUCUGCAGUUCUGUUCCUCUGUCAUAUAGUAAUACAGGAUCAAAAAGUGCUGUAAUUCUAACUUGAAGUGAAGAGAAGAAAAAAAGGUAUAUAUUUAUUUGUUUCUAUGUGUUUUUUCAGAUUUUGUUUCAGUUUGAAUGCAUAUCCUCAUGUGGAUUUAUUAGUGAGAGUGAAGAAUGUGUUUGAUUACUAGUGGAUGAGCAGAACGUGUUCUGAUGUAAGCUUUAAUAUAGAAAAUGAAAAGGCCCUCUGCAUAUGCACGGUUUGUGUCAAUGCAGAAUGUUGGUCAUUAUUUUUGUAAGUAAUAAAGAUGAGAAAAGGA